AAGGCUGAGAACAGAAGCGCGCUCAGUUGAAGCAGUUUCUUCUUUUUUGCCCCCUUAAAGGUUUAUUUCAUUUUAACGCAGAAAUGAUUGUAAAGAUUUAUUCACUUUAUGCAGUGAUUCACCUGACCUCAUCAUUAACUGUUGAUAUCCCACUCCAAUCUUAUGAAUUUGCCCGUGGGGGCACCGGCACUAUACCAUGCAACUUCAAACCUCAGAAAGCAGACAACCCAUCAAUCAUCAUCUCAUGGACUGCAAAUCCAGAUAAUCCUGCAGAUUCUGAAAUUGACAUCCUCAGGUAUUACCACUUCUCAAGUACAACGGAUAAUGUGGACGUCAGUGAUGAAUAUACUAACCGAGCUUCACUUCAGGUAGACAUUGUUAAAGGAUGGGCGAACUUGAUGCUCAGUUCUCUAACAUCGAAGGACAGUAGAGUGUAUCAGUGCGAUGUUAAAAUUCCUAAGGACACCCAAGGAAAACAAUCAGAUAUCACUACAGUUGUGGUUUUGGUGGCUCCUUCCAAACCCAUCUGCGCUGUUCAGGGAAAAGCAGAGUUUUACCAGAACAUCAGCCUGACCUGUCGUUCAGAGGAGGGCAUGCCAGCACCAACGUACACAUGGCAAAGAUAUGAUGUCAGUAAUAAUCCCCGACAGAAUCCACCGAUGGCCACUGAUGUAAAUGGAGUUUUGUCACUUUACAAUAUUUCCACGGAGACCAGUGGUUAUUAUAUCUGCACGUCUGCCAAUAAAAUUAGCAAUGCAUCCUGUAUUCUGACUUUGGCCGUCAUGCCACGCAACCUCAGACUCCAUGAACAUUGGAGUCUGGAUAAUUGGAGGCUGUGCAGUUUUUCUCCUCCUCCUGAUGAUCAUUAUCUGCUGCUGCUGCCGCCGGAAAAAGUAAAAGUUUGAGGAGUACACCGGGGGAUAUGCUAUUACUUAACUGUGAAAACUAGUAACGUAACACCUAAGCAAGACCUGUUGUAAUUGCAGAGGCUUACCAUGUGUCAGCAUUGGAUAGAUUUUUGGCUGGAAAAAAAACAAUGUUUAGCAUUCAUUAUAAUCUGUGACUAUAAAACAUGUAGUCUUUGGAUAAUUAAAAAAAUCUUUUAAUUGA